CCAGAGCAACCAAUUCCGGGAAAUUUAAGUAAACAAAUCUUAUGUCACCUUAACAUCUGCACUAAAUUGUAUAAUUAAUACGGAGACAAAAAAUAGGAUGAAUAGCACUAAUACAGUAUAGUAUAACAUUAAAUGUAUCUAAGUUUCACUUACUAAUUCAAGAUAACCUUAACCUGGAACUUUAAGACACAGAAAACUGAUUUUCGUUACAAGGUCGAACCUUGUGUGUAAAUAGGUAAUAAUGCAGCAUAUUAUUCAAGCCAGUCCAUUAAUGGACAAAAUAAAACAAUUUCAACAGACAUUAUCAUUCAGAAUACAACUCACCACUUCACAAAAGGUAAUUUUGUGGAGUAUUGGGGUAGUUGGUACAAGUGCAGUUGUGGUAGGGGUAUUAUCCAGAUAUUUAGCUCGGAAAAGAGCCAAGCCAAUCUUCAAUCCCAGAAUCCAAAGGGCUAUUAACAAAAGAUUAUCAAGGAUGCGAAGUCCUAAUGGAGGUAUGGGGUCAGUCGCUAGCAGUGGUGGUAGAAGUAGCCCAUUGGGCUUUAGUGAGCGGCUGUCAAUGGCUUCAGGUUCAAUUGGUUCUGGAGGGGGCGAUGCUGCCCCAUUAUCUCCUCAGCAGCUUGGUGUUAUGGGUAUGGAAGCCCUAGAAACAAGUAUUAACUAUUGGGAAGAUGCGCUGGCAGCGUUUUCAGUAAACGCACGUGGUGGAGGUGCCGGCACUUUGGCCCUCACUUCGCCAGAAGAAGCUGAAUUUUGUAGGGAGAUACAAGAUUUGCUGCAAAACGCAUAUUUACUGCAGGAGCGCUGCGAACUUCUAUUCCUCGACCAGCGGUCUGUGUUAUUCCGUUCCGAGAGCGGGGGUGGCGAAGGUUCAGGCCGCGCGAGGUUAUUAUCUCACACCCAUACAGUCUCAGAUCAUACUCGAAAAGAACAUCACUCUAGCGCUGAGUCGUUUGCGUCUGCAGAGGAUCAGGUGGCUGACCUCAGAGACUUCGACGAUUUAGCGGACUCACUACCAGAAAUCGAAAGCUUAGAACUUUAUCAAAUGGCUCUUAAACAGCUUGAAACAGGCAUUCCAUACAGGACGCUCCGUACAGAAGUUCUCCAAUGUAAUACGGAUUCAGAGUUCCUAUGCAAAUUGCAUUGUCUACGUGUGGCUUUCCGGUCUGUAUUUCGUGAAGCAGCGUCUUGGGCGUGGUUUGUCGACGCUGGGAGACAGGUGCUAACGGAUCUACUGCUUUUUGCUGAUAAGGAACCAAAAGAGUUCUUAGUUGCAUACGAAGAGAUGGUGACGUUGACCACGGAUGCUGCUAACUGGCCAAUCAUUGAGAGUGAACUUACCAGUAAAGGUGUUAAGGUGUUAACAUUCUACGACGUCGUGCUGGAUUUUAUUCUCCUCGAUGCAUUUGAAGACCUGGCUUCGCCGCCAGCCUCUGUUCUAGCUGUCGUACGAAAUCGGUGGCUUUCAGAUGGUUUCAAAGAAACGGCACUCACAACAGCUGUAUGGUCCGUUAUAAAGGCUAAGCGCCGAUACUUACAAUAUCCCGACGGUUUCAUGGCCCACUUUUAUUCCAUAUCGGAACAUCUUUUACCGGUCUUAGUUUGGGGUUUUCUUGGCCCCAGGGAGCGGUUGAGGGACGUUUGCGAAUCAUUUCAGUCAGAGAUAGUAGGGUUUAUUUCAGAUCUAUUCAGUUUCCAAAAGUCUAGAUACACUAAUGUCGAAGACCUAGCGGCAGACAUAAUGCAACACGCUAGAACUAGGGCGGCUAAUAUAACUGAUAAGUUGUCUGAAAGGAUUUGAGUGACAAAAUAGUGUCAAGAGCUACUUUAACGAAGAAUAAAAUGCUCUAUUUCAUUGAUGCUUAUGUAUUUGGACUUUCGUAUUUAAAGGUCUUUUAAAAAUUAGCCUUCGGCGCAGGCGCCUCUAAUCAUGACUAUUCCUCCUAAACUUACUAUGCCUCAAAUCUAUUAACUGUUUUGUCCUUAUCGCUCUCGUCGCAUUUGCCAAACAAGUAACAAAGCAUUCACUAUUUUAGGGUUAUAGUAAUGUUUAUGAAUAAUUAUUUAAUUAAUUUUUAACACCAGAAUAUUACUAGGCCUUAUACGUCCAAAUGCUUAAACAUCAUUUAAAUAUGCACCUUACUAUAUAACAUUUUUAGUUAGCUCUUAAAUUGGAUUGACUUUAUAUACUGCGCAUUUCAAACCUAUAUACAUGUCGCAGUAAAGUAGUUAAAUCAGAGAGUUAAUUGACUCUUUAGACAGUUAAUUAAAGAUCGAUAUACAAUCUAUAUAAUAAACACAAGCUUAACGAUUUUGAAAACGUUGUAAUUUCGUUUACACUUUAUCAAAGUUUGAAAUUUGCGAAUUUUUGAGCUCAAUUGUAUCUAAGAAAAUAUAUGCAUUUAAUAUUAUAAUUAAUCAAAUGAUAAUGUUGGAAACUAACGAUAAUCAUGGUAGCUUCAGUAAAUAUGUCACAAUUUAUUUUUUAGGUCUUAUUUGGAAACAAUAUGAUUUUGUAUGAAUCGUCCAUUCAUAAUUGAUGAACGGAAAUGUUUUUUUUUAAAUAAAUUAUACAUCCUCACAUAGGAAUCCUGUUCUAACAUAGUAUUUAUAUCAUUACGCUGCUAUAAACCGCAAAUUUACAUUUUUAGUCUUUGAAGAUGUACGUUUGUGAAUAAGCCUAGUUUCGUGCCAUAGUUAAUGAGAAAAUAUUUUUUAAGUUGUACAGCAUUUGAUUUGUAUAUAGGCAUUUUAUUUAUCGCUUAAUUAAGGUCAGGUUUUGUAAAUUAUUUUUAAUUAUGACAUUAUCCAAUAAACAUUGA